GCCAAAUUUGUCACAUGCUUGAUUUCUUGCUGGAGAUAUUUUAGUGCAACAGUUGUAGAGUUAGUCAGAAAUUCUUGUCUUYUUUGCACGAUCCAGAGCUUCGAUCAUGACAGAUUACGACAGUGAGAAAGACAAAGCCAAAAGAUUUCUUGCUGAAUUUUACUACGAAGGCGACGAAGGCAAGAUUUUCAAGUAUGGAGAACAACUGGUAAAAGUAGCUCACCGUGAACAAGUACAACUACUAAUAGAACUAGAUGAUAUAGCAGAGAUUGAUCCGUCACUCGCUGACAAUGUGAAAGAAAAUGGUCGACGCUACAAGAAAAUAUUUGAAGAUGCUGUUUAUGAGAUGUUGCCUGACUACAAGGAACACGACGUUCAAGUCAAGGAUGCCUUGGAUAUUUACAUUGAACAUCGAUUAUUGCUGGAACAGAGAAACCGGCAAAACCAAGCAGAAACUGUUGAUCUUAGAAGCAAAUAUCCUCCAGAACUGCUCAGAAGAUUUGAAAUAUGUUUCAAGCAUUUAAGCAUACAGAAACCUGAGUCUGUACGUAGGAUAAAAGCGGAGUCUAUCGGCAAGCUAACAGUAGUACGAGGCAUCGUAACAAGAACCACAGAAGUCAAGCCAGUAGUUGAGGUUGCAACUUACACCUGUGAUCAGUGUGGUGCAGAAUCUUACCAACCAAUCACAUCUCAGACUUUUAUGCCUAUGCUGAUGUGUCCAAGCGAAGAAUGUAAAGUCAACAAGGCUGGUGGUCGUCUUUAUCUUCAGUCCAGAGGAUCCAAAUUUGUUAAAUUCCAGGAGUUGAAGGUUCAAGAGCACAGCGAUCAAGUACCAGUGGGUCACAUUCCAAGAACAAUGACAAUCAUUGCUAAGGGAGAAAACACCAGACUAGCUGUACCUGGAGAUCAUGUAUGUGUUACUGGAAUAUUCCUGCCAAUGUUGAUGACUGGUUUCAGACAGAUGACCCAGGGCCUGCUGUCAGAUACUUUCCUCGAGGCUCAUCGAAUAGUACUCAUGAAUAAAACAGAAGAUGAUGAAUUAGGAACAGAAGAGUUGUCUGAGGAAGAGGUUAAAGCUCUUUCUGAAGAGGCAGAUUUCUACAACAAGCUAGCAUCGUCAUUAGCUCCUGAGAUCUAUGGACAUGAGGAUAUCAAGAAGGCAUUGUUACUGCUGCUUGUUGGAGGUGUUGACUGUACUCCACAUGGAAUGAAAAUAAGAGGAAGCAUAAACAUUCUAUUGAUGGGAGAUCCCGGUGUGGCUAAGAGUCAGAUGCUAUCAUACGUUGACAGGCUUGCAACCAGAAGUCAAUAUACCACAGGCCGUGGUAGCUCUGGUGUUGGUUUAACAGCUGCUGUAAUGAAGGACCCCUUGACUGGAGAAAUGGUUCUUGAGGGUGGAGCCCUAGUACUCGCAGAUAAAGGUGUUUGUUGUAUUGAUGAGUUUGAUAAGAUGAUGGAUACUGAUCGAACAGCUAUCCAUGAGGUCAUGGAGCAACAGACAAUAUCAAUAGCAAAGGCUGGUAUAAUGACAACAUUAAAUGCCCGUGUGUCCAUCCUAGCUGCUGCUAAUCCAGCAUUUGGUCGGUACAAUCCAAAGAAAUCAGCAGAACAGAAUAUCCAGCUGCCUGCUGCCUUGUUGUCCAGGUUUGAUGUACUAUGGUUGAUCCAGGACAAACCAGACAAAGAAAACGAUUUAAGACUAGCCCAACACAUCACAUACGUCCAUCAGAAUUCUUCUCAUCCACCGUCAGAGUUUGAGCCCCUCGACAUGAACCUAAUGAGGCGUUAUAUAGCGGCAUGUAAAGAGAAGAUGCCUGUGAUCCCAGAGGGUCUGACUGACUAUCUAGUGAGUGCUUACGUAGAGAUGCGAAAAGAUGCUAGAACAAACCAUGACACUACAUUUACCUCACCAAGAACAUUAUUGGCUGUGCUGCGACUUUCAACAGCACUGGCCAGAUUACGAUUAGCUGAUGCCGUAGAGAAAGAGGACGUCAAUGAAGCCAUGAGACUAAUAGAAAUGUCGAAAGCAUCACUUACAGAUGAGGAGGGAACAAGGAGGGUUGUAAAUCCAGUAGAUGCUAUAUAUGGUAUCAUAAAAGAGAUAGCUGGUGAUGCCAACAGCGUAAAAAUGCAAGAAGCAAAACAAAGAUGUCUUUCUAAGGGUUUUACACCUGAUCAAUUCAAUAGUUGUUUAUCAGAAUAUGAAGAACUUAAUGUAUGGCAGAUAAACCAGGGCAAGACUAGGAUAACCUUUGUCAGAUAGGACAGUAAUCUAUCUUUUAGUGUGCUUCCAAUAAACUAUUGUCCUUACAACAGAGCUUCCAAAAAUGCCACCAACAAUACUGAGGGGGUUUUAUUGAGUGCUAAAGUAGUUUUUAUAUGACUGUGAAUACUUACUAAAGGCUUAGAGACUUGGCAACAGUAAGCAAGUCAAAGCAUGGUAAAUAACAUUGAACUUGUCAGAACACUUGAACACAGCACUUACUUCUUCUGUCUAAGCAUGGCCCUCCGGCAUCAGACACAUUUCACAGUCAUAUAUGCUGUCAUUGACCGCUACAGAGAAGGCAAGAUUGGCUUUGUGGAUAUUGGAUCAACUAAGAUCCAAAAUGAUUCUUUUGGCUUUCUCAGACUUAGGGGCAGAAUUCAAGGUGAAUAAGUUGAAAACUCUCAAGAGCAGUAGAGUGAAAUCUAUAUAUGUCCUUGAAAUAGUACUUACUAAUUAGUAUGAAAAAGCACCAACAAAACAAUUGAAGACCAAAAAUUAGUUAUGUUUAGCGAGUGCUAUCUAGUUUGUUUUGCUAUUUCAUGGAUAUAAGGUUUGCAUUCUGCCAAGGAAGCCAAAACCUUAGUAAAGAAGCCCUCUGAUUGAAAAAAUUUAUCUAUUGACUGUCAUGGUUGUCGAGUAGUGCUACUGGUAACCUUCUUUGUAGUCUGUUUGUCCACAAAGCCACCAAAUGAACACACCCUCAUCAAUAAAAAUGAUUUUUUGUACAAACACUCUUACUAGAUGCUUGCUGAAGAACGUCUGUUUUACCAUUUUAUACUUUAGUAUUUUCAAAGACAAUGUACAUUUUCCUUUCUAAGUAAUUACUGUAACAUUUUGGUAAAUAAAGUUUAAAUCUA